GAGGAUACACGCGCACUCGACGGCAACCUCGACGAAGAAACUAGUUUUCAAUCACGAUGCUUUUUCAUCGAAAUUUGAUCGGGGAUCAGAAAGCGCAUUUAUAACGUGUAUUUAUCCACCAACGUCACAUGGCACGUGGAUUUUCUGAUACACCCGCUGACACUUUGUCCCAUCGGACAACAAAGAUAAAAGCGGUUUUAAUUAUUAGUAAUAUUCCAUUAUUACACGCGCAUUAUUGAAAUCGGAGGAGUAAUAAGAAACUCGACUGUGUGACGCAUCGCAGCGUCCUCGGGAGGCGAGCAGCAGUUUUCGCUUGAAACGCGUACGCGGGCAAAGUACGAGGGGUAAACACGCGCAUGUCCCGUAGUAAUGUGACGUGGCUUUAUGCGAUAAUCGUUAUAAUUUAACAUCCUUCUAUUGUGUAUGCUUCACUUGAAGAAUCUCAAGAGCUGUGCCUUCCGAAAAAUCAUAGGCCGAAGAAAUAAAACGCCAAACCGAAUUGUCGAGCAAGGUAAACAACACGAAGAGGAAACGUAAGAAAUUACAACAACAAAUAGCUACUCAACGUGCGUAAAUCUUCGUAGACGUAGCCUGUGCGCGUUAUUUUAUUUAGUUGCAGACUUCCGCUACAGGAUAGCCGCCGUAUAUACACCUGUACGUCUUUUCACGCCGGUUUCACUGUGAUGGAAAGUCGAGCGCGAUUUUGUUCGCGCAAAUAAAGCAUCUAAAGUCAACUGGAGCGAAUGCAACGGCGAGCGACUCGCAAGAUCAAACGAGGCGACAUACGCCACGACUAAAGCGCGCAGUAGCGAUCUUGUGGCGUGAGAGCGAGACGGGGAAUCCGUGGUGAGUGCGCGGAAGAAAGAACGCGAGAUAGGGACGGAGAUAGGAAGUCGCGAUGUGGGAGAGUUGCGAUGAACUUGACGUGGAACACUUGACUUCAACGGCAGUGGCGGAGAUUGAUUCGUACAAAUACGACAUGUCCGAACCGAUGGAGCAGGGAAAGGAUCUCUGUAUUCAUACGGGCGUUGUGCUUCGUGGAGCAAAUACCAGAGAAGAUGUUCACAGUUCUGGCACGCUUAACAUUGUGGAAUAUAGUUUUGGUAAAUGUAUAGAAUGGAAGCCUGUCGAAGAUUCUGUGGUAUCCGAAUAUCAAGAUCAAGAUCCAGAAUGGUCUUUAGUAGACACACACACUAGAAGGACUCGUACAUCCUCAGAGGGUGCAGACUCUUUAGGACGUACAAGAAAUGUUAGAAUACUAUUCUCUGAUCUGAAGUCGUUUCGUGUGAAUCAUAGUGGACAACAGCUCAUCCUUAUGCAGAGGGAUGGUACCACCUACGUUGCCUUUUUUCAGCUCUCUAAUGCUGAAAGUUUCAUCAACUCUCUAAAAGGAUUUAUCAAAUUUGUAAAAUCACGCAUGGAUAGGAACUUGUAUCUUGUUAUGGACCAAGUUGAAUCGGUAUUAAACAAAUCCUUUGCUGAGUUAGAUCUGUUUCAAGAGAACACCUCCGAUUACGUAUGGAAAUUUGUAAAGAAUCUACACAAUCGUCCAUAUGAAACAACAAUGGAGGCAUUUAGCAAACUCGCAGAUAUCUGGUUGUAUAAGGAACCAGUGAAACGACCUGUUGAGGAAGCUGUCGCUGAUUUGUUAAAUCGCUCUCUUACAAUCGACCCUCAGCCACCUAUAUCUGUAUCUGUUGGAUCUGGAGAUGAGUAUGAAGUGAUUGGUGUUGGAACCGAUUUACCUCCCAGACCACCGUGUCCGCGUGGUACACCAUUGACACUGGAACAAUGGGAGAGAUCCAAAGACUCAGAGGGAAGAAUUAUUAAUCCAGAAACUGUUAGAGAAAUCAUCUUUCGUGGGGGUAUUUCUCCACCACUACGUUUUGAAGUAUGGAAAUACUUAUUGAAUUAUUACCCAUGGAAUUCGACAAGUAAAGAAAGAGCAUAUCUACAAAGUGAAAAGACUGACGAAUAUUUUAGGAUGAAAUUACAGUGGCGUUCAUUUACACCGGAACAAGAGAACCGGUUUUCUGAUUAUAAGGAAAGAAAAAGUCUGAUAGAAAAAGAUGUUAACAGGACAGACAGAACACACCCUUAUUAUGCUGGAGAUAACAAUCCUCAUUUGGAGCAGUUAACUCAUAUACUUAUGACUUAUGUAAUGUACAAUUUCGAUUUAGGAUACGUUCAGGGUAUGAGCGAUCUUCUUAGCCCUAUCUUGUUUCUGAUGGAUAGUGAGGUCGAUGCAUUUUGGUGUUUUGUUGGAUUCAUGGAUAAAUUGAGCUCUAACUUCGACAUCGAUCAAGCCGGCAUGAAAGCACAAUUGUGUCAAUUGCAUACCUUACUAUGUACCACAGAACCGCAAUUAGCUUAUUAUCUGAAUAGACAUGACUCUGGCAAUAUGUUCUUCUGCUUUCGAUGGUUGUUAGUACUUUUCAAGAGAGAAUUUAACGCGAUCGAUAUAAUGAAAUUGUGGGAGAUACUGUGGACGGAUCUACCUUGCAAAAACUUCCACUUGCUCUUCUGCGCGGCCAUUUUGGAUACGGAGAAGAAUAUUUUAAUAGAAAACAAUUACGGAUUUACGGAAAUUCUGAAGCACAUAAACGAUUUGUCGCUUCACAUCGAGCUGCCUUGGACGCUCUCGAAAGCAGAAGGUAUUUAUUAUCAACUUAUGUCUGUAGCAGAUCAACUUCCCGAUAGCGUUCGUAUAAUCAUCGGACUGGAGCCAUUGAAUAAAACGUCAAUAAAUAAUAGUAUAAACGGUGGCGAGGCGUCCGGUAAUCAUUCUCAGGCUACAACAGUUGCUAACGGGUCAAGGAGGAAUAGUUCAACGAGUGGUAGUGUUAAAUUUGGAGAAAAUGAAGUAUCGUUUGAGCGCGGGUUAGAUUUGUCGUAUAUGUGA